AAAAGAAUUAUCAAUAUCUUCUUUGACAAUGCUUUCAAACUUCUGGUUGCUCAUUUAUGGAUGAGUUGAUCUUCAAUUCAACUCUUUCGACAAAACUGGUGCGAUGGAAUAAAAGUGGCGAGUGCUGCUUGUGGCAUGGUGUGGAAUGUGAUGCUUCUGGCUAUGUCGUUAGUUUGCAGCUUGAUGAUGAGACCAUUUCUGGUGGAAUUGGUGAUUCGUCAAGUCUCUUCAGAUUUAAAUAUUUGCAGAAGCUUAACCUUGCUGAUAAUCACUUCGACUCUUACACUGAUCCCAUUCCAAGAGGUAUUGGCAAUUUCACUUAUUUGACACACUUGAAUUUGGCAUAUGCUCGUUUUGGUGGGCAGGUUCCUUCAACAUUGUUUGCUAACCUAACAAAGUUGAUUCAUGUUGAUCUGUCAAUGAACUCAUUGACAGGCUCACUUCCUUCUACAUUGUUUGAAGGUCUUUCCACUCUCGGUCAUCUAAAUUUGGGGUCCAAUUCAUUCUUUGGUAACAUUCCCCGCUCUCUUUUUGCUCUCACUUCAUUGUUGGAACUUGAUCUUAGUAUCAACCAAUUUAAUGGCACUUUUCAACUCGAUAACUUUCGAAGCCUUCCCAAUCUGACAUUGCUUUCUCUAUCCGGGAAUAGCUUGUCAGUAGAUGUUGGCAACUUCAAUUCGAGUUCAUCUGGUGGUUUCCAAUUAAAAGUGUUAGACCUAGCUUCAUGUAACUUGUCCAAGUUUCCCGAUUUCAUCAAAUAUUUGGAUCUUGAAAGAUUGGAUCUCUCAAACAAUCAUAUUGCAGGGGAAAUACCUAGUUGGGUUUGGGGAGCACAACUUGAGCAUUUGGACCUCUCUUUUAAUCUUUUUACACAUAUGCAAAAGCCUUACCUCAUCCCUGCUUCUCUUCGAUUUCUAAGCUUGGACUCUAACCAGCUUAAGGGCAAGUUGCAGCUAUCCAUUCCACUUGAAUCUCAACUUCUAUACAUAUACAUUGCUAAUAACAGCUUAAGUGGCGAGUUGCAGCUACCCAUUCCAUUUAUGUCUAAUGUAGAGGACUUGGUUCUUGCUGAUAACAAUUUAAGUGGAUCAAUUCCAACCUCCCUUUGCAAUGCCAAACACCUCCGCUCUCUUGACUUGUCUGGAAAUAUAUUAUGUGGCAGCAUACCCCCUUGCCUACUUGGAAACAUUUUUGCACUCGAUCUGAGUCGAAACAACAUCAGCGGUAACAUUCCAGAUGAUUUUUCUAUGGGUUGUACGCUACAAUCUAUUCAUCUUAAUAACAAUAGUUUAGAAGGGAAGAUCCCAAAGUCCCUCAGUAGAUGCCUGUUGUUGUACAUGAAUGUUGGGAACAACAUGUUGAACGACACUUUUCCGUGCAUGCUAGCACCGAGCUUGCUUGUUCUUGUUUUGCACUCCAAUAGAUUCCAUGGGUACUUAAGAUGUCCCAUCAAUUGGCCAAAUCUCCAAAUUCUAGACGUAUCAUCAAAUAAUUUUAGUGGAAGUCUAGAAUCAUUCAAUUUCUCUAGUUGGACGGCUAUGAUGCUACCUAGCGAUGGAAAAUUGAGAGGCAGCACUUAUAGCAGCAUGUACAGCUCUAUCGUGACAUUGACUAUGAAAGGGCAAGACGUGGAGCUUCCUUACAUUUGGUUAGACUUUUGUAUCAUUGAUUUGUCUUCCAAUAAUUUAUAUGGAAAGAUACCCAAUGCAAUUGGUGAUCUUACCUCACUUCAUCAACUCAACUUGUCCCACAAUUCCCUCAAUGGAAUCAUCCCAAAAUCAUUUGGUCAACUGAAGAAUCUCGAAUCACUCGACCUCUCAGUGAACCAACUAGCAGGCCCGAUUCCGGAGGAGCUUGGAGGGCUGACAUUCCUUUCAAAAUUGAAUCUCUCCUACAAUAAGUUUGUUGGAGCGAUCCCAAAUGGGCGGCAAAUUCAAACAUUCUCAGCUGACUCAUUUGAAGGAAAUUCGGGGCUAUGUGGUUUCCCUCUCGACAUAAACUGCAGUAAUACUAAUGUGCCACUACAGGGAUAUGAUGAAAAUGGGGAAGAGAAGAGGGAGAUAAAGUGGGAAUACGUGUGUGCUGCAGUUGGAUAUGUUGUGGGAGUAGGAAGCAUUGUGUGGCUACUUUUGUUCUGUCGAAGCUUCAGAGAGAAAUACUUUGGCAAAAUAGAAGAGUUUGUUGAAGACAUGUUCAUUGCUAGAGACAUGAGAAGAAGACGUGCAAGAAGAGCAGCAUCAAGGAAUCGAGUCAGGAGGCAGUAGUGUUGGAAAUGUAUUUAGUUGUGUUCAUCUUUUUAUAUCUUUUUUUUAUUCUUUUCUUCAUGAGAGAAUCAAUAGUGGUUUCUCAUCUACCCAAGUCAAAUAGUUUCUUUGUUUUGAUUCAAUUGAAUGUAAUAGGUAGAGAGUCGAGCGAAAUUAUAAGCUCCCUUCCGGGUUUUCUUUGUUGGUUCUUUCCCGGAUUGCUAAAGAGAGUCGAACCAACCCUAGGGCCUAAG